GUAAGAAUAGCUCCGGAACCGCCCGGGGUGGGACGCCUCCCGAUACGCCAUAGAAUCAUUCCUGGGAUUCAUUGAGUCUGCUCUGUACGAGGAACGACUCAGAACUCGGCUCACCACCAGGACUCAGCACCCCGAUGGGGAUCAGUCUACGAGCAACUUCUACAAGAGCGGAGGGGUUAGCACCUCUGUCAGGUCCUUCCAAGCUCAGUCUCCAUGAUGCUCUCAAUGACAACCCUCGUCGUCCUCUCCUGGGUCCUGUGGGGUCUCCUUACCAUGGCUGUUGAUGUGCAGCCAUCUAACAAAGACACGCAGAAGCCCACCGUCCGUCCCGUGUUCAGCGCUCGCCCUUUCACGGUGGCGUGGAAUGCGCCCACUCAGAACUGCCAGCUCCGUUACAAUGCGUCUCUUGACCUUCGACUUUUUGACAUAAUCUCAACACCCACUGAGGGAAUUGUGGGCCAGAAUCUCACCCUCUUCUACAAGGAGCGCCUGGGGCUCUACCCUUACUACAACCAGUACAAUGUUUCCGUCAACGGAGGCGUGCCCCAGAAUGCCAGUCUGCAGGCUCACCUGGACCAGAUGUUGUUCGGGAUUAACAAAUACAUGACGUCAGAUAAUAAAACCGCAUUGGGGGUCAUUGACUGGGAGGAAUGGCGACCCAUUUGGGUUCGGAACUGGAAUAUGAUGGACAUAUACAGGCAAGCUUCCAGGCAGCUGGUGGCUUCUCGAUAUGCCAACUGGACGGCCGAAAAGGUGAACAGGGAAGCUCAGAAUCAAUUUGAAAAAUCCGCCCGUGAGUUCAUGGUAGAAACGCUGCUUUACGCCAAAAAGCUCCGACCCAACCAACUCUGGGGGUACUACCUGUACCCGGACUGCCACAACUAUGACUACUCAACCAACUGGGAUAAUUAUACUGGCCAGUGCCCCGAUGUGGAGAUGGCACGCAAUGACCAAUUAUGGUGGAUUUGGAAGGAGAGUACCGCCCUUUAUCCCUCCAUCUACCUAGACUUCGCUCUUAGGUCUUCCGUGAAUGGUCGCAACUUUGCCCGCUACCGGGUAAAAGAGGCCAUGAGGAUGGCACCACAACACAGAAGUCACUCUCUGCCUGUUUUUGUGUACGCAAGACCCACCUACAAAGAAAAGAACGACCUUCUUUCCCAGAUGGAUCUCAUCUCCACCGUCGGAGAGAGUGCGGCACAGGGGGCAGCGGGGGUGAUAUUUUGGGGUGAUGCAGAAUACGCCAAGAACAAGCAAACCUGCCAGAACAUGACGUCGUACCUGGACGGAGAUUUGGGUCAAUACAUCGUGAACGUCACCACCGCGGCCUCCCUCUGCAGCCAGACGCUCUGCGGCGGACACGGGCGCUGCCUGCGCAAAGAAAACGCUACCAAUGCCUACCUACACCUCAACUCCGCCAACUUCUGCAUCGUCCGGGCGCCCCCAGGGUCCAACGCGUCCCUUCCAAUGUGGGCGGAGGGCCAGCUGUCGUCAGAGGACAUCACAUUUCUACGCGCGCAUUUUCAAUGUCAGUGUUACCUGGACUCUCCCUGCGGCUUUAAGGAUCGCAUGUUCAACGGUACAAAAUCCUCGGGGUCCACCGGGGGCCCCGUACCGUCCUGGAUAGUAAUGGUUCUCUUGUUGGUGCUUCUGGACUGGUGAAAAUCCUCG